AUGGCCACUGAGCAAGGCGCGAUUCCCGUGAUUGACUUCAAUGCAUGGUCGGAUGGUUCGAUUGAUGAUAAGAAACGAAUUGCUCGGGAAUUGACUGGUGCGUGUCGCCGAGUUGGAUUCGUAUACAUCAUCAAUCAUGCCGUACCUGAAGACCUACUUGAAGAGGCAUUCGGUUGGUCCAAGAAACUCUUCGAUCUUCCUAAAGAGAAAAAGAUGUUGGCUCCCCAUCCUCCAGUGUGUGACCAAGGCCCUACUGUCCACCGCGGAUACUCGUGGCCCGGCCUAGAGAAAGUGUCACAGGAUAUUAUCAGCGAUGGUGAGGAGGCAAAGGAGGCUGCGAAUCGUAAAAUCGCUGACGUCAAGGAGAGCUAUGAAAUCGGUAGUGAGGACAACGAAGUACAACCGAACAUCUGGCUACCUGAGGAUAUCCUGCCAGGAUAUCGCGAAUUCAUGACGCAGUUUUAUUGGAAAUGUUUCGAAGCAGCAAAAGAAUUGCUGCGCGCUUUAGCGAUCGGCGUGGGCUUGGAGGAUGAAGACUUCUUCCUGCGUUUUCACAGUGGUAAAAAUAGCCAACUACGGCUACUCCACUAUCCUCCCGUAGAAGCAGAGAAACUGUUUAGUAAUACGGUCGCUCGUAUGCCCGCCCACUCGGACUGGGGCACGAUCACGAUGCUGUUCCAAGACGAUUGUGGAGGGUUGCAAGUUGAACAUCCUAAUGAGCCAGGCAGCUUUGUAGAUGCAACACCGAUGAAAAACGCAAUGGUUAUGAAUGUGGGCGACUUGUUGAUGAGAUGGAGUAAUGACUUUUUAAAAUCCACUCUUCAUCGAGUUACCCUUCCGCCGAUUCAUAGCAAAACACGAAUUGAUGGGAAAUUGAUGACUCAACCGAGAUAUUCAAUUCCAUAUUUCGUCUCGCCAGAUCCGAAAGCUGUCAUUGAAUGUUUAUCUGUUUGUACAGAUGAGGAACAUCCUGUUAAAUACGAGCCUGUGGUUCAGGAGGACUAUAGGCGAAUGAGGGGUAGAGGACAAUACGCUGAAGCACCAGCUGCCCCAAUAACUGUUUCUUAG